AUGUUCUCACGUCGCAUUGUACAGGCGUCGGUAGGCGCUGCUCGCCAGAAGCACACUCUCCCAGAACUGCCCUAUGAAUACAGUGCUCUGGAGCCUGUGAUCAGCAGGGAGAUCAUGAGCCUGCACCACAGCAAGCAUCAUGCCACAUACAUUAACAAUCUCAAUGCCGCUGAAGAGAAACUGGCUCAAGCACAGGCUAAAGGUGACAUCGGCACAGUCAUCAGUCUUGCACCCGGGCUUAAGUUCAAUGGUGGUGGUCACAUCAACCACACCAUUUUCUGGCAGAACCUCUCCCCCAAUGGCGGAAAGCCAUCUUCGGCGCUCACUCAGGCUAUUGAGAAAGACUUUGGCUCCUGGGAUAACAUGAAGAACCAGCUGGCUGCAGCGUCUGUAGCUGUCCAGGGAUCUGGCUGGGGCUGGCUCGGUUACAACCAGCAAAUGAAGAAGCUACAGAUUGCCACUUGUCAAAAUCAGGAUCCUUUGCAAGCAACGACAGGUCUCGUGCCUCUAUUCGGUAUCGACGUAUGGGAGCAUGCUUACUACCUGCAAUACAAAAACGUGAGGGCCGACUACGUAAAGGCAAUAUUCGACGUUGCCAACUGGGGAGAUGUCUCGAAGAGAUACGAAAAUGCCUUGAAGUAA